CCCCCCCCCCCCCGUGUGGACAGGAACCAGCCAGCAGCAGGCCAUGGCGCUGCGUCCGCGUGCUUCCUCCCAGCCGGGGAAGCUCUCCUUCCUGAGCCCCAAGGUGGCGGCGGCCGUGCUGCGCCCGCGCGCCCUCUCCUCCCGCUGCUCCGCGGCUCUGGAGGACGAGCUGUCGUGCCCCGUGUGCUGCGAGAUCUUCCGGGAGCCCGUGGUGCUCCAGUGCAGCCACAGCUUCUGCCGGGCGUGCCUUCAGCAGUUCUGGAGCAAGAAGAAGGCGCGGCGGGAGUGCCCCGUGUGCCGCACCAAGUGCUCCCUGACGGAGCCCACCGUCAGCCUGGUGCUGAAGAACCUGGCCGAGUCCUUCCUGAAGGAGCAGCAGGAGGGGCAGCAGGCCUCCGCCACCGCCACGGGGGGUGGGACGGGGGCGCCAGGGGCCGUCCCGUCCGGCAUGGUGGCGGAGGCCCAGUGCGGGGCGCACGGGGAGACGCUGAAGCUGUACUGUCGGGACGACAUGGAGGUGAUCUGCUGCGUGUGCCAGACCUCCAAGAAGCACCAGGGUCACAGCGUGUGUCCACUGGAGGAGGCGGCCCAGGAUCUCAAGGGGGAGCUGAGGAAGGAGCUGGUCCCUCUGAAGAAGAGCCUGCGGCGCCUGUAUGAGGCCAAGCAGGAGUGUGAUGACCAAACGGUGCACAUCAAGAGCCAGAGCCAGGCCACGGAGCAGCAGAUCAGGAAGGAGUUUGAGCAGCUGCGUGCGUUCCUCCAGAGGGAGGAGGAGGCCAGGCUGCUGCUGCUGCAGCAGGAGCACGAGGACAAGAAGCUGCUGGCCAAGAAGCGGACGGACAACGUGACCAAGGACAUCCUGGCCCUGUCCCACGCCGUCAUCGCCGUGGAGAACGAGACCGCGGCGGGCGACGCCCUUUUUCUUCAGAAUUACAACAACACCAAAAAGAGAGCUCAGAUCAGGGUCAAGGAGCCGGAUGGGUUGCCGCCGGGUUCUCUCAUUAAUGUGACCAAGCACAUUAGCAGCCUCAAGUACCAGGUGUGGGAGAAGAUGAUGGAGGUGGUCCAAUACACCCCGGUCAUCGUGGACCCCAACACCGCCUACUCCUGGCUGUCCCUGUCCAGCGACCUGACCUGCGUGGCCAACAGCGGCUCGGUGCAGCAUCUCCCGGACAACCCGGAGCGAUUCAGCCACUUUGUGUUCGUGCUGGGCUCGGAGGGCUUCACCUCAGGCCGCCACUCCUGGGAGGUGGAGGUGGGCGACAAGGUGGACUGGAUGCUGGGCGUGGUCAAGGAGUCCAUCAACAGGAAGGGCCGCAUCUCGGGCUGCCCCGACGGCGGCUUCUGGAUGAUCUCCCACUGCGAGGGCGAGUACUCUGCCAUGACGCGCCCCGGCACGCCGCUGGCGUUGGGCGGCGGCGGGGAGCUGACCCGGGUCCGGGUGCAGCUGGACUACGAGGCCGGGGAGGUGGUGUUCUCCGACCCCGUCCGCAUGACCACGCUGUACACCUUCCACGACUUCUUCACCGAGAAGAUGUUCCCCUUCUUCUGCCCCGGCGCCAACAUCAACGGGAACAACCCCAGCCCCCUGAGGAUCUGCCCUUCCAAGGUGGCAGUGUGGAACAGCUCUACCUGGUGAUCGCAGGGCGUAACUACGGUCGCCGCCGCCACGCGUUACACGGUGAACUCAAGGAACUCCUCUAAUGAUUGAAGUUCAUUUUAAUUAAUUAAAAAGAAUAAAAAUCCUCUUUGGAUUUAGCUUGCACAAAUCCAGGCAUUCGUUGCUUGACAUUGUAGCAUUGUUACACAUGAUGAGGACUGCAAUGAUAAGUCCAUAAACAGAAAAUUAAUCAAAUGUGAUUUUGAUAAUCGUUUACAUAUUAUGUGUCAAUUAAAAAACAUUAAAGAUUUGCUGCUUAAUGUUGCAGUGCAAUUCA